ACAGGCAGCAUGAGCAGUUGUCAAACUUUGCCGCUACCAACAACAUCAACAGUCCCCGCACAGAGUCGUAAUUUUCGCGUGGAAACAGUAAUUUUCACUUAAAACCAUGUCUAUUGGCGUACCAAUCAAAGUGCUGCACGAGGCCGAAGGCCAUGUGGUGACCUGCGAGACCAUCACCGGCGAGGUGUACCGUGGAAAGCUGAUCGAAGCCGAGGACAACAUGAACUGCCAAAUGACGCAGAUCACCGUGACUUACCGGGACGGACGCGUCGGAAAUCUGGAGAACGUGUACAUCCGGGGCUCGAAAAUCCGCUUCCUCAUACUGCCGGACAUGCUGAAGAACGCGCCCAUGUUUAAGAAGCAGGGCGCCAAGACGGGCACUGCCGGACGUGGCAAGUCGGCUAUACUGCGAGCACAGGCGGCCCGUGGCAGAGGUCGUGGAGCGGGUGGCGGCGGAGGAGGUGGUCGAGGCGGUAACAAAGGAGGAUGGCAAGGGCAAGGACAGCAAUCUUCCGGCCGUGGACGCGGAGGGUUGUAGAAACAUUUCGUCUACACUACUUCUACCCUUUAGUUUGUAAGCAAGCAUUUUAGGAGCUCGGCAGGCGGCAGACAGGAGCUCGCCACAACAUUUGCAUCCAUACAGCGUAAGAAAAUGAUGCCGAUUAGGAGGCAAGACGUCCGGACGGGUAGCUUUCCGGUGGAGUGAAAAUACACGAAAUGUAACAUGCGGCGAGUGUGUAGGAUAACCACAUCCUUCAUUAGAAAACUUUCUAGAAAUGUAAUUUGCAUUAAAGUGAAGUGAAUACAAUCGAACUCAAUGAAACACCCAAACCCUCCGUUUUCUUUGUGGAUCUUUAGCGAAAUGUAAUAGUAGGGGAAGAUAAAGGUAUGCUCCUUUCAAAUGAAAACAUUCUUACGAAUUGGUGAAUUUCGGCGAAAAAAAAGAGGGCUGGAAGCAUGAUAAAAGAAAAGCAAACAAUUGCUCUCUUCGAACGCGGUAAAAUUCUACGAAAAUUUUGGCGACCAUUUUCAACAUUCUGCUGUGUCGGAACAGACACACGUAUCGUAUAACAGAACGAACGUCAAACGUUGUAUAACAGUCGUACAACAACACAAACAUUCACCCCUCAGCAACAAUAACAACAUAAUCAAGCAACAUCUGAUAAGCAGUGAAUUAGAAAGAAUAAAAUCCACUUUUCUUCCUCGCCUGCA